AUGACAGCUGAAGCAGCCUCCUCCUUAAAGAUCAACCAUCCUAAAUUCAUUAAAGGUUCCGCUUCCUCUUCCGGAUCAACCGUUCCUGGUCGCUACAUUGUCCGUUUCAAGGAUAGCAAAUCCACGAAUGAAUUUACUCAAACUUACUUCAAGAAGAACAAAGCAAGCAAGAAGCACAAAUUGAAGAUUAAGGAAACUAUUAAGCAUGAUUUUUUCAACGCUGUUUCCGUUGAUAUCGAUGCUAAUGCUACAGACGAUAAUCAUGUUACAUCCACUCUUAAGAAUAUCUUGGAUCAGGCUGAUGUUGAGUAUGUUUAUCCUGUCAGAACGCUGCCCCGUCCCAAAGUUACUGUCGAAAGUGUGGGUAAAUCCAAAGAGCCUACUGUCUUACCUCAUGCUAUGACCCAAGUCGAUAAGGUUCACUCUGAAUUGAAAAAAAAGGGUAAAGGCAUUCUUGUUGGAGUCCUCGAUACAGGUAUUGAUUAUAAUCAUCCUGCAUUGGGUGGAGGUUUUGGCAAAGGAUUUAAAGUGAUCAAGGGCUAUGAUUUAGUCGGUGACGCUUAUACCGGUCAGAACACUCCUAAACCAGAUGAUGACCCUUUAGAUAAUUGUGGUGCUGACUCUGGUGCAAGUGGUCAUGGAACUCAUGUUUCAGGUAUCAUUGCAGGAUAUGACAAAGCAACUAAUUUCACUGGUGUUGCUCCUGAAGCCAAUCUUGGUAUGUGGAGAGUCUUUGGUUGUGAUGGUCAGGUCACCAAUGAUAUUGUCAUCAAAGCUCUUUUAAUGGCUUAUGAUGCCGGUUGCGAUGUGAUUAAUUUGAGUUUAGGCGAAACGAAUGCCUGGUCCGUCACUACUGACGCGGAAGCUGAUGUUGUUAGUCAAAUUGCCAAGAAGGGCGUAAGUGUUGUUAUCUCUGCUGGUAACUCUGGUGCUCAAGGUAUCUAUACUGUAGGUCAACCAAGUACAUCCCCCGGUGCAUUCUCUGUUGCUUCCAUUGAAAACAGCUACUAUAUCUCUAAAGAUUUGACCGCUACUGGCAUCAACCAUAGCAUACUUUAUACUAACAGCAAUGAUGACAGCAGUUUGGAAGAUGGUGCUGUAGUAGCUGGUGAUAAGAACCCUGGUAACAGUGAAGAAGCUUGUACUGCUGCUGCUAUUAACCCUGAAGUCAAGGGAAAGAUUGCUUUAAUUAAGCGUGGUACCUGUGCUUUCGCCGACAAGGUCAACAAUGCUGCUGGUGCUGGUGCUGUAGGUGUAGUCAUCUAUAACAAUGUCGCUGGUGCUUUGACUGCCUCCGUUCCUGGUGUUACUGUCCCAGUUGUUUCUAUAUCAAAUGCUGACGGUAAAGAACUUUUGGCCGCCAUACAAAAGUCCAAGGAUGCCGUUGAAUUGAAAUUUAAUAAGAAGGGUUCUGUCCAACCCAUUGAAAAUGCUGGCACCGUCUCUACCUUUUCAAGCGUGGGCGCUUCUGCUGAACUUAACUUCAAACCUAAUAUUGCUGGUAUUGGUGGUAAUGUAUACUCUACUAUGCCUACAUAUUUGGAUAGUUGGGGCGUUAUGUCUGGUACUAGUAUGGCGGCUCCUUAUGUUGCUGGUUCUGUGGCACUCUAUCUUGAAGCUGUCAAAAACAGCAAUAAGCAAUCCAUUGCUUAUAUCAAUGAGCAAUUCCAAAAUUACGCUGCUCCAGCCAAGGUCUAUAACAGUAAAACUAUUGACAGUCCUCUCCGUCAAGGUGCUGGCCUUGUUCAGGUUUACGAUACAAUUACUCAAGGUGUUCACAUCUCUCCUGCUCAAAUCAGCUUUAAUGAUACUGCCACUUCCAAGUAUAGGACUCAAACUAUCACUAUUACCAAUCAUGGUCACCAAACGGUUCAAUAUGAGUUGGUAAAUGAUGUUACUACUGCUAUUUCUCCUUAUGAUUUGAAAGAAUCUGGCUAUACCCCGCUUGAACCCGCUAUAAAUUCUGUUGCGGCUGCCAAAUUACGUUUCUCUAAGAAGACUUUCCGUUUAUCUCCUGGCCACUCUCAAAAGGUCAAAAUUACUGUUACUCCACCCAAAAUUAAUCCUAAGGAACAUGUCAUGUACGGUGGCUUUAUCCAUCUCAAGACCAAGCAUCAUGGUAAGAAUGGCAGCAUUGACCUUCGUGUUCCUUAUUUUGGCGUAGUGGGUAGCCAAAAGACUUUGCCCAUCUUCGAUGACGGUUUCCCUACGAUUAUUGAUGUCAACAGCAAGGAAUACAGUACCGAUGAUACUUUUGUCUAUGAUCGUUCCAAGAAGUAUGGUUUCCCCAUUUCUGUUUUGCGUUUGUUAACUCCUUCUGCUAAGAUUAAGGCUGAGUUGCUGGAUAGCAAGAAGAAGGUUAUAGGUGAAUUCUUGACGGGUUUGGAGUAUGUUGGUCGUAACUUCUUAAGCGGUGAAGGACAAGUAUAUUCUCAAUAUGCUUGGGACGGUACUUAUGUUCCUGCUGGCUUUUCUGGUGUUGAAUCUUUGCCCAUUGCGGUUCCCGCCGGUACUUAUAGUUUCCGUUUCAGUGCCUUGAAGAACUUGGGUAACCCUAAGGACAAGAAGGAUUGGGAAACAUGGACUUCUGGACCGAUUGUGGUAAAAAACUGA